CACUUUUUUCUACCAACUUAGUUGAAGCUGCUGGUGUAGGAUCAAAUUGUUCUAAUGAUUAUCAAUGUGAUUCACAAAUUUGUCGCUCGCAUAUGAUUUCGGGUCGAAAUCAAUGCCACAGUAGUGAUGACCGUCCUGUUGGAAGUGUUUGCCUUGUGAAUCAAGCUUGUGAUUCUUUAUCAUGUUACCAAGCGCAUAAAUCUCCUUCUAAUAAAAUAUGUGGCCAUUGA